AUGACCCCGCGAAGACUGCUCGGCUUUCUGCUGCUGGCGGCCCUAGCGAGCGCCAAAAUAUGCGCCGUUUCCAAGGACGGCUAUGUGUAGGUCUCCCUCCGCCCGCUGUGGCCUUAGUUUCCAUUUUCAGCGAGAUAGACUGCUCCCCAGCCUUUGACUGGAUUCAAGAUAAUGUCACCCUCUUCUUCGACUACACGCCCAUCGAGCUGGUCUACGAGUUCACGGUGCACCCGGAGUGCUUCAACGCGACCGCCGACGGGGAUCUGAUCCUCCAUUACAACUUCUCCUAUUUCGAGCUGGCCUGGGGUCUGGACUUUGUCGCCGGGCAGCCGCUGAAGCUGGUCGUCCAGUCCUACCUCGACGACAGCGACAACGAGACGUCCGGAUUUGAUGUGCCACUGCGCACGAACAGCUCCGCGCAGGGCGAGUACACAUUCAACAUCACGCAGCGCUACAACGAACUGUAAGUGGGCGAGCAUAUAUUUGGUCGUCCGGAAAGUUCGUUUGUUUCUUCAUUGCUUGGUUUUAGAAGGAUUGUUUGUUCUUUGGCAAAUGGAAUGCAUUUACUUGAUACAGCUUUUUCUCCUGUACAAAACUGGCUGUAUCGAAUAAAUAUAUUAUACCCUUUGCCAAACAACAAACAGUCCUCGUAAAAGAAAGCAAUGAAGAAACGAACGAACUUUCUGGACGACCUAAUUUUUUUGAUGGAAAUACAGCGGAGGAGCUGAUCCAGUGGCAAAAAACGUACCAUUUUGCCUCCGGGAAGUAUCAAAAAAUGUGGCAAAAUGUCUCCUUCUCCCAAUGAAAAAGCUCCGCUUUCUAAACCGCGCCGUUCUUUUUAUGAGGGAAAGGGCGCGCCCUGCAAAACGGAGUUUUUUUUAGUUAAAAGGGGAAGCAUUUUGCUACAUUUUUGAGGCUUCCCGGAUCCAAAAUGGCGCAUUUUUUGCCACUCCAUCACUGUAUGAACGACUUUUGAUCCCUCAGUGUUAAAAAUGUAUGAUUUCAGCAUCCUCCAAGACGAUACAAUCCCGCCAGACGCCAUAACGCCGAUCUACCUGGGCUACGGCCUCCCCAUGACCAUCAAGAACAACCAGACCUUCUUGAAGCAGGAAAUCGGCUUCUUUCGGCGCGCCGAGAAGUGCCAAUUCAGCUUCAAGGUCCACGGUGCGCAACUGGUCAGCGAAGAGUCGGAGUUUUGGGUCGAUUGGCCCGAAUGGACCUACGCGACCUGGGUCAUGCUGCUGUUUGUGUAAGUCUGCGUUGAAGCGACUCAAUUUUUAAAAGUGAUGAGUUUGAUUUGCUAGAGUGUAAUGCCUUUAAUUUCAGCGGCUUCUUCCUCGGCGCCAUCGUCGCCUUUUUCCUGGGUCGCUGCUGCGGUCGGAAUGCCAACCGUUGGUACAUCUGGGAGCCGGAGUCGGAUUCGUUUGAGGAAGUGGAGAAGGUGGACUCCAAAAUAAUCGAGCCCUCAUCGAAGACGAAGUAG